CAAGAGAUUUUUUCUUGGGCUUUCAUGAACUAUUGAAACAUCUUCUUAGACACUCAAUUAGUUCAUAACUAAUUCAUUUUGCUAUUAACAAAGCUCAAUUAGGACAAAAGUUUACACCAAGAUUUUGUUUGACAAGGAAAAGAACAAAGUAGAAAGAAAUAGAAAAGAUAACUCUUUGUGCAGCGUGGGAUUUGCUUAUGAGAAUCGGAGCUCCGAAGUGUGAGCAAAGCCGUUGAAUGACAACCGUUCCAAUUCCGACGCGCCAAAUUUACUAAUCUUGCAGCUUCUCCCUUACGCGCCUUACUUUCCAAAUCUGUAAUCUCCAAUCAAGAAUAUCACCUUUUUCUCUAAACAAAUUUCCAAUUUUUGUGUAUUCAAUAGAUUUACAUAUCCACGAGUACCAAGAAUUACUAAAGCACUGUAAAGUAGGGAUCUUGAUUCGGGUUUCAACGUUGUUCGCUACUGAUUCAGAACUUGCCUCUAGCAUUGCGCAGAAAAAGUUAGUCCUUUGGUUGCAAGGAACCUAUGAUGAUGUCAAGGAGGCCUAUCAACCCAUCUCGACGUGUAGCAGAUGGCGGAGCAGCUUCAUUAGAAGCCUCAAUUCGCUCAAAGACAGGAUCUCCCCCAUAUUUAACAAUUGGACUUGUUAUUGUGGGAGCAUUCCUUCUCAUAGGGUACUUUUACCGUGACACAGGUACUUUUGGCAGUAUUAAAGGCAUCAGUAGAGUGGAAGGGGAUUUUUCAUGUACUGUAGAGGUUCAAAAGACCAUUCCUUUUCUGAAGAAAGCAUAUGGAGAUAGCAUGCAUAAGGUGCUGCAUGUUGGCCCUGAUACUUGCUCGGUAGUUGCUAGAUUAUUAGAAGAGGAGGAUACUCAAGCUUGGGGUAUAGAACCAUAUGAUAUAGAGGAUGCAGGUCAUUUCUGCAAGAAACUCGUGCAUAAGGGCAUCGUUCGCGUGGCUGAUAUAAAAUUUCCUCUUCCAUAUCGCGCAAAAUCAUUUUCACUUGUGAUUGUCUCAGAUGCAUUGGAUUACUUGUCUCCAAGGUAUCUCAAUAGGACCCUUCCCGAAUUGGCCAGGGUAUCAUCUGAUGGACUUGUUGUUUUCACAGGUUAUCCACGACAUCAUAAAGCUAAGGUUGCAGAUAAGUCCAGAUUCGGGGGGCUGGCCAAAUUGAGGAGCUCAACUUGGUGGGUCCGGUAUUUUGUUCAAACAAGUUUAGAGGAAAAUGAAGUUGCCAUUAAGAAGUUUGAGCUAGCUGCUUUGAAGAAAUCAUAUGUUCCUAGCUGCCAGAUUUUUCACCUGAGAUCUUACCGUUGAUUUCAUUAUACGUAGUCGGUCAUACACAAAAAUUAAGAACCGUGCAUAGCUUGUGAAUGCGGUAAGACAUGUUAUAACAACUUCAGCUCUUGUUGGUAAGUUGUUUCAGAGUAGCGCGCGUCUCCUAGAAAAUGUUGAGUAUGCCAUCUUUCUUAGUGUAUUCUCAUAAAAUGUGUAUGGGGUUUCAGCAGCUUGUUACAGAUUAAUUGCAAAUGGGAGAUUGCUGUUUCAGGGGAGACUAUUGUCAAGUAAUGAUAUGUACAUCAUCUAUAUUCCUCUCUCUUGAUCUCUCAGUUUAUUUGUUUAUUUAUUUAUUGGGGUUUUUCGCUA